CUUCUGGGUGAGGCUGGAGACAUUCUGGAACAAGUAUGAACAGGAUGAGGAACGAACAUGAUCUCAAAUUGUAUUUACCGACCAUAAACUAAACAGUGUCUGUUUCAGUUUAGGAUAGUAAUAAAGGACUAACAAAGUGGAGAUAUUCUGUAAAUUAAUAUCAAUUUGUGUAGAAUAUAAGAAUCAAAUAUGGACUAAACAACAGAAUACACAAACAUGAACUGUAUAUUUUCUAGGAAUCAAUGUGCAUGAAGACCUUUUGUUUUGCAGUAAAAUGGAAGCUUUAAUUAGUUAACUAACCUCAAUGUUCUAUUAUUCAAUAUGAGAUUAGAUUUUGCUUUCCAGGAAAAACAUGAUACAUCGUUAAAUCUCAACAUGUUUUACUCAUCUAGGUCUCAAUUCGUUGAACCAGUCUUUUUUUUCUUUUCUUUUACCACGCCCAUAAACGAUUUCCAAGACUUAUUUCUCAAGACCAGCCCAGAAGAGUUACCUGAGCGAUUAACUAAUAGACGGCCUAAAGACCGUCUGGAAACCGUAUGACAAAAUAGUAAAAUAGACCUUACAUUAUUUCACUAAAAGCGGUUUUAACUAUGGAUCGAGACAUAUUUGGCUGCUAACAGUUAUCCACAGCUCUUGAAGUAGAGAAAACAACUUCUAAAAAAGAGACACUUUCUGUCAAGCCCAGAUCAUGGACUGGAAGAACUUCCAAGCCCUCCUCAGUGGGGUUAACAAGUACUCCACUGCCUUUGGUCGGAUAUGGCUGUCUGUGGUGUUUGUGUUCAGGGUGAUGGUAUACGUAGUAGCGGCAGAGCGUGUCUGGGGUGAUGAGCAGAAAGACUUUGACUGCAACACUAAGCAGCCGGGCUGUGCCAAUGUCUGCUAUGACUAUUUCUUCCCCAUCUCCCACAUCCGCCUGUGGGCCCUGCAGCUCAUCUUCGUCUCCUGUCCCUCCUUCAUGGUAGUCAUGCAUGUGGCCUACCGGGACGAACGGGAAAGGAAGUACCGUGCCAAGUUUGGCGAGGACGCCAAGAUCUACAAAAAUACAGCCAAGAAGCAUGGCGGCCUGUGGUGGACCUACCUGCUCAGCCUUUUCGUCAAGACGGGCAUUGAGGUGGGGUUCCUUUACGUCCUGCAUCACAUCUACGACAGCUUCUACCUUCCCAGGUUGGUCAAGUGUGAGGUGUGGCCCUGCCCCAACCAGGUGGACUGCUACAUUGGACACCCCACAGAGAAGAAGGUCUUCACCUACUUUAUGGUGGGGGCCUCAGCCCUCUGCAUUGUCCUCAACAUCUGUGAGGUCAUCUACCUGAUCUCUAAGCGUGUUGCCAACUUUGCACAGAAGAUGAAAAGGCGUGAGCGCACAAUGGCCGUACACAACCAUGAUUACAGUGACCCUUCCUGUAAAAACUGCAGUCUUCACUCGUCCAGGGAGAACCAGAAGCUUCCGCUCAAGGGCAGCAUCAGGUCUGCCUAUAAGCCUGCAUAUAAACUCACUGAGGACAUGCGUGCCUCAGCUCCUAAUCUAUCCUCUGCUCUGUAAAAAGGACGUUUGGAACGCCAGCACUGCCACAGAACCAGGCUACAUCCUGGUUGUGUCUUUCAAAGAGACUGUGAAAAACAGUUUUAGCUGCAAGUUUUCCCUACAAAAAAGUAUUUAUAACUAAUGUUCUUGAAAUAUCUAUAGACCCAAGCCAUAUACUAAGGCUGGCUAAGACUUAACAAAAUUAAGUCUACUUUCGACUGCCAUGGGGAUGGAGAAAGAAACAAUCCUGGAAAUAAAUUAUAAAAAUAAAACUGACAUGACAAUUUGAGCAUGUAGAUUUUCAAAUGUUUUAAUCGUUCUAUUGGGGCUGUCCGGGUUUAGAUGUUGGAGGUGAGACGUGGGAGGAAACAGACGCUGAUACUGAAUGCUAAGAGUUUUAAGACACACCUGGUUUUGGUAUGCACACACAAUGCCAAUGCUUCCAUGAUGUACAGGGGGAAAUGAAACAAGAAAUACCUCAAACAUUUCUACGUUUCAGUGAAUUCCUUAACACCAACCAGUAGCAACCCCAGCUUGCUUGAGAAUAUGACUUAACAACCAUUUUAAGGUUUACAGACUGUUGUCUUAGGAGAUCAUUACAACAGAAUGAUAACAUAAUUCCAUCUAAAACAGUAGAGAGAGUGAAGUGUAUCGGUGAUUUACACAGUCUCUUGGCAUUGGUUGGACUUGGUUGUCGGCACAGUCAAUUGGCAUACUAAAUUCCUGGCCAGUUUUAUUGUUUAAAAACAUUUCCAAUAGUUAACAGAGCUCAUCUCUCAUACCUAAUGUUUAUUCACCCUCGUUUGUUUUGCACAGCUGCACUAGGCACAUACAUUGUCCGUGUUUUGACAUUUUUGUACACAAGCUCCACUCUCCCAAAUCCAAUGUUGAUCCGAAUGAGAUAAAGGAAUGCUGUUGUUUUUAUAAAAGAAGUCUGAAUGCAAGUAAACACUGGUCUUGGAAAGAUGUUUCAAGCUACAUAAGAGACAAUAGGAACAAAGGACAACCAGUUAUGCGGUUCUGAACUACUUUGCAUGGUCAGCAGCUAAAUGAUCACACCUGGGAAUGUUUAUGUUUUACAUUGUUGUAAUAAAUCGUACUCUUGCAUAA